UAUCUACCAUUUGGACAGUGCUUUUUUAGAUUUCAUAGAAAAUAAAUCAAAUCAUUGGCAAUGUACGCGGCCCCUUCAAACUAAACCAAAUUUUAAGUGUUAGCAAACGCGAAAUGGCGAAUUCGAGAUCGUUGAAAUCGAGCGACUGGCCCGGCAUACUGGACUCUAGGCACGCACUGAGGAAGUACCUGGCUCCGCCACCCAAACUGGCUGGAGCGCAGGGGAGACUGCCCACUUACACUCCUCCAAACUACGUGGCAGCUGAGCCCAUGCAGCGACCCAGGAUGAACUCCGCCUGGCAGUUGGCCAGCGAUCCCUCUGAUCUGUCGGAGGUCCGUCCUCCCAAGCGGAUCAAGGGAUUGAAGGAGCGGGAGAGGAAGAGGAUAGAACGCAAGGUUUGGGCCAGACCAGCAAGGAUAGAUGUUACAAAGGGAGCUGCCAAAUUGGGACCGAUAAACAUGGAGAAGUCCCACAAACUGGAGCAGGUGGAGACGCCUCUAAUGCCGAGAUCACCAGCUAAGACGGCGCGGAAGAAGGUCAAGACGCCAUCUUCACUGCUUCGGAAGCAGACAGGCCAAGUGCUCUCCCACUCCGGCUCACCGCGGCGCAGGGUAAUCCUGAUCGUGGACGCCAAGAGGUCCCCAGGAGUGGCGCACCUGGCUGGUGGAGCGGAUAAGCUUCUGAAAAACCCUUCACCUGGGCGGGAAAGAGACGCCUACCGCCCGAGACUCAAGAUGAGUGGACGGUCCAAGAAGACCUACUCUGUGCCCCUGUGCAGCCGACCCACGGAGAUCAUAGGCAAGGGCCUUCCCUACUCCCGCCAGAUGCAGAUGCGCCAGGAGAAGCUCUGUCAGCAGCCGGAGUACCACGACCAGUACAUCCGCAUGCUGUACCAGCAGCAGCGCCAUCAGCAGAUGUGCCAGCAGGAGCAGCUGCAGCAGGACUUCGCCCGCCAGAGGUCCCAGAUGGCCCUUCACCCCUACUCCAUCCUGCCGGACGCCGUGUCCGAGGAUCAGGAGCAGCGAAACGUGUACUCCGUGCCCUCCAAGUCGCCGCUCAAGAGAUUGCGGGGCGGCAAGCGGCUGUGCGGCAACUUUUACUACGACUAGAGCGGUGAUCUAUAACAACAAGUUCCAGGGCAUUCAAUAAGGCUAUAAUAUCCAGGAAAGAACGGGGAGAUUUUUUAAAAUCCUUAUCCAAAUCCUCUCUUCAUAUCCACCAAAAUUGUUAACAGCUACCAAUAUCCAGUCGGAUUAUGACUGGCAAUAAUCUUACGAUUGGGUGCCGUUUAUAUUAAUAGGAAAAUGUAUGGAUAAUAAAUAUUUUAUAUAUCA